GUGAUGAGUCUCUGGACCGAGCACCGGAACCCGGAAGGGCGUACAUAUUGGUUCAACACCCAGACGAGGGAGAGUGUAUGGGAGAAACCAGAUGACUUGAAGACGCCGUUCGAGAAAGCCCUGAACCAGACCAAAUGGAAGGAGUACUUCUCCGGCGGGCGGAAAUAUUACUAUAACACGGAGACGAAGGAGUCGAAGUGGGACAUGCCAGACGAGUUGCUCUUGUUGUUAGAAAAAGUCGAAAAGGAUGGGCCUGCCGCGCAACCUGCCUCAUCACUCGUCCCGACCGGCGCAGGCUUCGCCCCGGUCUCUAUGCAAGGUGCCCCCAACGCUCUAGGCGGGACUGACACAUCCUCAUUCGCCCCCGGUCAACAGCCCCCACUCAACGGACAAAACGGUGCCGUGGGCAUGCAUACCGGCGGUCUUCCGUUCAGCGCCACCAGCAUCCUUCCUGCUCGCCCCAAUCUGCCUGAUGACCCCGUCAUCCCCCACAACGGUUUUGCCACGGUCGAGGAAGGAGAGAAGGCGUUCACUCAUCUCUUACGCAAGGCGGGUAUAGACGGGAACUGGACGUGGGAUAUGACGAUGAGAGCCAUCAUCACUGAUCCUCUCUAUAAAGCGCUGAACACCCUGGCCGAGAAGAAAGCGACAUGGCAGAAGUAUGUGGACGGGCUGCGUGCUAAGGAGCAGGAGGAGCGCGAAGCUCGCCUUACCAAGCUCCGCCCGUCUCUCCGCAACAUGCUUAAGGGCAAUCCCAACGUCUUCCACUACACCACGUUCGCCACUGCAGACAGACUGUUUGCCCAACAUCCCAUUUGGCAACAAGGCAAGAUUGAGGCCGAGCGAAAGCUCAUUUUCGAAGAGUACGUCGAUGAGCUGAAACAGCGCGAAGUGCAAGAGACUCGUGCAGCUCGAUCACGUAGCAUCUUGAAGAUCGUGGCGCUCUUCAAGAGGAUGGACGUGGACGUCCUCACUCGGUGGCGGCAGGCGUACCACAUGGUACUCGAGUCUGAGGAGUGGAAGGAGGAUCCCGAGCUCCAGAAGCUUCCUACGCUAGAUGUCCUCCUGGCGUUCGAGGACUAUAGCCGUGUGCGGGAGCGUGAGUUCGAGGAACAGAUGCGCCGGCGUCAGGUCGAGAAGACUCGCAAGGAGCGCAAGGCGCGCGAGGCUUUCAGGGGUUUGCUGAACGGUCUUGUCGAGUCCGGAGAGAUCAAGGCGCGCACCAAGUGGAAGGACGUAUAUCCCAACUUCUCCACGGAUGAGCGCUACCUCAACAUGCUCGGCAACCCCGGCUCGAACCCCAUCGAGCUCUUCUGGGAUAUCGUCGACGCGCUCGACCAGAAGCUCGAUGGAAAGAUUGAAAUCGCGAUGGGUGCUAUCAAACGCCACAACAAGGCGCUGGAAGACAGCGCGAAGGUGUCAGAGAUGCAGACUGACGAAGGCGCAGAGGCUACUGAAGGCACUGCUCAGGCGGAGGGCUCUUCUGUCGAGUCGCGACCCCAACUUUUCGAGGUCGGCCCGGAGACUACAGGGGAGGACUUCGUCGCCGUUGUCAAGGCCGAUGAAGAUGAGGGUGUCAAGGCUCUCACCGACGAGGAUCUGAAGGAGAUCUACGACUCGCUGCACCAGGUCGCUCUGAAGAAGCAGGCGGAAGAGAAGCGCCGCGCGGAGAGGAAGCAGAGGCACCUGCAGGAUGACCUGCGUUACGCACUGAAGAAGGUCCCCGAGCUUCACGACGCCGCUCUGUCAUUUGAAGAGGCGUUGCCGUUCAUUCAAGAGCUCGCUGAAUUCAAGGCUGUUGAUGACGACGAGGGCAGGAAAACUGCGUUCGCCAAGUUCGUAAAGAGGCAGAAGGAACGGCUGCGAGAGCGCGAACGUGAAGCUUCCGAAGACGGCGCCUCGACCACUAGCAGGAAGAGGAAGGAGCCCGUAAAGGAGCGCGAACCCGAGCGUGAGAGGGAACGUGAGCGCGAGCGGGACCGCGACCACCGGGAUCGCGACCGAGACAGAGACGUCGACCGGGAUCGCCACCAUGACCGCGACGGUAAAAGUGAGCGGCGCGAGAGAGACCGUGACAGUCAUGGGCGCCAUGCUUCGAGGGACCACGGUCGCGAGCGUGAAUACACCAAGGACAAGCCGUACUACAAGGACCGCGAGCGCGAGCGCGAACGGGACAGAGACAGGGACCGGGAUCGGGACUACUACAGAUCAUCGAGGCACCGCGACUAUGACAGGGACGAACGCCGAAGCGAUCGCCGGGGCUCGCGCACUGAGUGGGAUGAUGCGUACAGCGCUCACGACGCCGCCCCUGCCCCUGCUCCCGCUCCUGCGUUCAGGGAGAGGGCGAGGAGCACGUCGCUCUACAAGGAGGCCGACCCGCGCGAGAAACGUGAUCGCGGCGCGUAUGAGGAUCGGCCGUUUGAUGAGAGGGCGGAAAAGAGGCCACGCUACAGCAACCCGCCGGAAGCACUUCCGGUGGAAAAGGCCGCACCUGUCGAACCGCCACCGCGUGCAGAGACUCCCGAGGAGGGCGAGAUAUAAUGAUCGUCACUAUUAGUCCUAUGCUUGUAUGCUAUGAGAUCCGUGGUGAAUGCUAGUUGCAAUACUAUGACGAGGCGUUCUCUACAAUGUCGAUAGGACCGAUGCGCAAACGCGUGUACGUCUGCUUGUGGUCGACCGUCCUCUCGUAACCCUUUCUCCUCUUCUUCUUGAAGAUGUGCUCCAUCUUGCCCUUCGUAUGUUCGACGACCGUCGCCUCUACUCGGACCUGCUCCGGAGGAAUGGUCGGGCUGCCGCGGACGGUGUAUUCGCGAGAGCCCAGCUCGUGGAUGUCGGACAGCUUGAUAACGUCGCCAACUUUUACGUCUUUGAGACGCGGGACGGUGAGGAGGUCGCGAGGCGUGAGGAGGUAUUUUCUGCCGGCCACGCUGGCGACGACAUAGUGCGAGGGCUGCGAGCGAAUUAACGAGAGCGCGCCGGGGGUAGUCGUGGGCACUGUCUGGGUGUGCAGCCCGCGGGUUGCGACCGCACGGAGAGUGGGUCUGAGGAGAGAUGCCAUGGCCGGCAGCG